GGACAUGUAAACCGGCGCCUUUUUGGUUUGGAGACGUACUCCUGUCCCUGUUUUGAGGAACUCCUGAAACCCCAUCCCAGGGUAUGACAUCACCCAUUCCAUGUGCUUUGCAAGUGGAAAAUUUUGGUCAGGGAACAAAGGGUAAUAUGGGCAAACACGGAAUUGAAGCGAGGAAGAAAUACCGCCAUAGGAAAUGUGAUGAAAACAGAGAGAAAAGAAAACAGUUGAGAAAAGCAAGUAAAAAAAAUCACAUAUGUCUUUGCACUGCAUCAUCAUGUCCUGACAACACUACAUUAUAUUCUUCAUCAACUGAACCACGAUCACCAACACCAUCAGAAACAACAUCUACUGCAAGAAGUAUUUCAAAAAACAAAAACUUAAUAACAUUCAAAUCCGAUCCUCUCUAUGUCCGCUUCAAGGAAUACACCAUGCUAAAAAAAGAGUAGCAGCCAUAGAGAAAAAUGAAAGUCAUGAAUGAAGAUGGUAUAACACCUUGGAAUGCAGAUGAAGAGCUUUUGCCGUGACAAUCUUUCAAAAUUAUACCAGCAGAAAUUUUUGUCUUGUUUGCAUUUUUUAAUGUUAAGAUUCAUUAUGUCUAAAAGAGAAAUAUGUGUUAAAUGUAUUUAACUCUACUUUAAGCAAAAGUGACACUGCUUUAUUUUUUUUAGCCUUUGUAUAUUUUUUUCUUAAAAUUAUAUAUUGAAAGUAUGUCACUUUCAAAUGACAUUACUAGUGUAUUUUAUUUUUAAAGAAACAAUUGUUGAAAGUAUUUGAAGUGUAUAUUUUACUAAUUAAUUAAUUCAGAUAAUUGAUUAUGGCUUCUGCAGCAAAGCGUCCUCGUAAGGUCUGCAAAGAGUGUAAUUUGGAACUUUCAGACAGGCAUUUUCGGCGACAUGUUUCACAGUGCACCAGUGUCUCUUAUUCUGCACAGGAAGAAAUUCACGACAACAAUAGUCAAGAAAACAAUGAAAAUUUGCUCUUUUCUAGUGAAGAUGAGGCCAUAAAUUAUGAAAAAUAUAUUUCAAAACAAAAAUAUAGACCUGGAAAAACUUUUCCAAAUAUUAGUGAGGAGGAUGUUGAAACAUUUUUUGAUGCUGACCUUUUUAUGGUUGAUGAUUCUUCAGAAAGCAGUGACUAUGAUUCAGAUCUGUCUGACUAUUCUAUGCAGUCAGAUGAGGAGAAAGACACAGGGAUACAUCUCUCUGAUGAAAAAUCCAUGGAUUUAUUGACACGGUUUAUUUGUACUAUUUUGAUGCUUUGGCAAUCAAUAUAUUACAUAUCAGAUUCAGCUGUUGAAACAUUGUUAAAACUGUUGUCAAUUAUUUUUCAAUUUUUAAGUAGAUAUUCCUCUGCACUUCGAACAUUAGCAAGUGUUUUUCCACAAAACAUGUACAGGAUGACAAAGAUUUUAGAUGACAAAAGGUCCAAAUUUUUACAAUAUGUUGUGUGUCGGAAAUGUUUUACUUUGUAUGAUUAUGAAAAUUGUUUUUCCAUUAUUGAGGGUAAAAAGCAAUCAAAACUAUGUAACCAUAUCAGCUUCCCUAAUCACAAACUUGCACAUAUGCGUAGACCAUGUAGAGAACCAUUGCUUAGAGAUAUUGGAGAAACUGGUUCUCCAAAUUUUGUACCAUUUAAAAAGUACUGUUACAAAACGAUUAAGUCCUCCUUACAAGUGUUUGUGAUGCGUGAGGAUUUUGAGGAUAAGUGUGAAAUGUGGAGAGCUAGACAUACUGAAAAUAGCAUGAUGUAUGAUAUAUAUGAUGGAAAUAUAUGGAAAGAGUUUAAUGGUUCAAAAUUUGAUUUUUUCACAGAGGAGGGUAAUUAUGGUCUGAUGUUAAAUGUUGACUGGUUCCAACCAUUUAAACAUACAAAUUACUCUGUUGGGGCUAUUUAUAUUUCGAUUUUGAAUUUACCGAGAGAAGACAGGUUUAAAAGAGAAAACAUAAUCUUAAUAGGCAUUAUUCCUGACAUGAAGAAAGAACCACCUACAAAUACAUUUCUUCAACCAUUAAUUGAUGAACUGAACGAGGCUUGGCAUAAUGGCUUUUUUCUAAAAUCCAGAAAAUCGAAAAAUCAGUUAAAGAAAUUUCGAUUAGCUCUCCUGUGUGUAGGCUGUGAUGUUCCUGCAAGCAGGAAAUUAUGUGGAUUCUAUGGUCAUAUGGCAAAUUUAGGUUGUAACAAAUGUGAAAAGCAAUUCCCAGGUGUGUUAGGAGAAAAAAAGUUUGGAGGAUUUGAAAGAAGCUUAUGGCCUCCUAGAACUAAUGAUUGUCAUAGGAAAAUAUGUGGAAAAAUUUCAAAAUGUUCUUCAAAGGGUGAAAGAGAGUCAUUGGAAAAAAAACAUGGAGUCAGAAUUUCAUGCCUUUUAGAUUUAGAUUAUUUUGAUCCAAUAAGAAUGACAAUAAUUGAUCCUAUGCACAAUUUAUUUUUAGGUACAGCAAAACAUAUGCUGAAUGUUUGGAAAACAAAAAUGGUUUUGAGUGAAAAUGAUUUUUUAGAAAUUCAGCAAAAGAUUGAAAAUUUUACUUGUCCCUCUGAUGUGGGGAAGUUACCACAGAAAUUUUCAUCCUCAUAUGGAUCGUUUAAUGCUGACCAAUGGAAGAACUGGACAUUAUUGUUUUCAAUAUAUGCUUUGAAAGAUGUUAUACCAAACAGUCAUUUAGAAUGUUGGAGGAAAUUUGUAUUGGCUUGCAGAAGAUUGUGCUCCAGAAAUAUUUCUUUAGGCAAUGUUAAAGUAGCUGAUUUUUUAUUAGUUGAUUUUUGUAAAAAGUUCGAGCAGCUUUAUGGUGAAGAGUUUGUUACACCAAACAUGCAUUUGCAUGGCCAUUUAUUGGACUGUUUGUUUGACUUUGGCCCAAUUUAUUCAUUUUGGUUGUUCAAUUUUGAAAGAGAGAAUGGCAUUUUAGGAUCUUAUCCAACAAACAGGAAGCAAAUUGAAGCUCAAAUUAUGCGGAAAUAUUUGAAAGAAAGUUGGGCUAGAGAAAAACAAACAGAUAUGUUUUUUGACCAAAAUUUGUCUUUAUUUUACAAUGAAUUGUCCAAUUUUCAAACCGAGAAUAUCCGUGGAACACUAUACCAGCAAUCAAAGUCAUUUGGAAAUAUUGGUGUUAUAGAAAAAGCAUCAAUUCAAACAUCUGUUUUUUCAGUUGACUGGAGUGACAAUGAAGGUAUUUUUGUAAAAAAAUUCAGAUGUGUAACAUUGACUGAAAUCGAGGUGGAUAGACUCCAAAAUAUGUAUUCAUUUUUGUAUGGUUGUAAUCAUUUUAAAAUGUGUACCUAGGAAAUGAAGUGUAUUUAAAUGGAUCAGUUUUAGGUUCAAAGCAUAGUCGAAGUGUUCGAUCCUCAUAUGUUUUAGCUUUGUGGUGUGGAGAUGAAGGUGAACUUGUACAUACAUACGAAAACCUUACUCCUCACCCAGGACAGAUUAUCAAGUUCUUAGAGCAUUCCAUCAUUAUGGAUGGCAAUGUAAAAAGUCAUUUUUUAGCUCAAGUUACUUGAUCAAGCGUCUUGAGGAUUCAAUACGGUAUUUGUAUGGUAAACCAGAUGAAGUCUGGUAUAAAUCACAAUAUGAGCAGGAGUUUUCAUCAAUGUUUAUACCUGUGCAAAGAAUAAAAAGUAAAUUUGUAUAUGCUACAGAUAGCAUCAGGGGGAAAGAUGUCAUAAUUGUUUGUCCAAGAGAAAGAUACAUGGUGUAGAAAAUUGUAAAAGUAGAAUUCUUUUUUUUUUUUUUUUUUACUGCAGAUGCAUAUUUAUUUCUCACAAUGUUUUGUCUUAUGGAGAAUAGAGUUGUAGAGUUUAACGUGCUUUUGUGUCCAUUAAGCCUACUAUGUUUUAAUGAUUAUAUGAUGUAAAUAUCUUGCAGUAUACCUUGAUUUUAUCAAUAAAUUUGUCAUUUGACAAAAAAGUA